ACGCAGUUGAUUUGCGAUGACACAAACAUAUUAAGCAGGACUUAAUAUAAAAUGUGUAAAAUGCACUCAUAAGCAACAUGCAAAUAGAGGCUUUCUUUUUGCUGCCGUUCUAUAAGAAUCCCCCCUUGUUCUGCCACCAAUUUCCUCCAAAAGAGAAUGACGUGGCCAAAGUAAGGGUUGUUACAGAGCAUUUCAUAUGCAGCAGCUGUGAAAAGCGUUGAGGAUUUGAAUGGUGCACCAGAGGAGUCGAGUCCGAGGUAGUUGAUAAGCCUACAUACACUGCAGGAUGCAGGGAUUGCCUUUCACCAGCAGGAUCCUGCCAUUUUAAAGGUUAAGAAGGUGGACGUUGUGGCAUUUAUAGCUGUGGUAAUUAAUGACACUGCCAAGGUGGACAGAAGGUCCAGGAAGAUAGAAAUCCUAGUGAUCGCUGCUGAGCGGUUCCGUGCGCUGAAAGAUUUCAUAGUAAAGGAGUUACAUGGAAUAUUGGCAAAAGCAGUCCCAUCCUCUCAGGUCCUAGAGCCUGUGGGAGUUGUGUUUGUUCUGGCAAUGUACCAUUUUAUUAGGGCGGAUGAAGUUAGUAUCACUUACGUAUGGAUAAAAAAAACAGGGUUUCAAACCGUCCAGUUGAUUGCGACAAUAGACCGUUUUGUGUGCAGUCCAACCAUAAACUCCAAAGAAGAAGCAGCCAACUUGGGCGCAUCGCCCUCCUGCGGCAAUGUUUGCAAACACAGAAAGGAGUCUUAUCAGUCCGCGCAGGUUCCUCACGCGAGAUCUCGGCGCCAUUUUGAGAAGUCAGCGAGAGUUGCCGGAAUAUUUCUAAAUUAGCUUGCUAACUCUGUGUGCGCCGUUCACGAUUGAUUUAGAUAAUAGAUAGCUUGAUAUUUAUACAGCCAUUUCUUAUAUACAGCUUGAUAUUUAUACAGCCAUUUCUUAUAUACAGUUACACGGCUUUUCUUCAGUUAGCUAGCUAGGUAAGUAGUAAUCUUCGGAUGUCGGGGGAUAAUAUGUCGGGCGGCGGGAGCGUGGUUCGUGGCCCAGCGGGAAACAACGACUGUCGGAUCUACGUGGGUAACCUGCCGCCUGAUAUUCGCACUAAAGACGUGGAGGACGUGUUCUACAAGUACGGAGCGAUCCGGGAUAUCGACUUGAAGAACCGGAGAGGAGGACCGCCGUUCGCUUUCGUGGAAUUCGAGGACCCCAGGGAUGCUGAUGAUGCGGUGCACGGUCGUGAUGGUUAUGACUACGAUGGUUACCGUCUCCGGGUGGAGUUCCCCCGUAGUGGUCGUGGCGGGGGGAGAGGGGGGAUGGGCGGUGGAAGGGGCGGUGGUGACGGUGGAGGACCCAGAGGAAGAUAUGGACCUCCAUCACGACGCUCUGAGUACCGGGUCAUCGUCUCCGGUCAGUGUGUGGCUUAGCUCUGUGUUUGUGUCUGGUUCGACUGUCUGCAUGGUGGUCUCUCCCCUAGCGGUAGCUGGCGGGACCCUGUCUUUACUGUGCUGUCCUCCUCUCCAGGACUCCUCCUGUCUUUACUGUGCUGCUGUCCUCCUCUCCAGGUCUCCUCCUGUCUUUACUGUGCUGCUGUCCUCCUCUCCAGGACUCCUCCUGUCUUUACUGUGCUGCUGUCCUCCUCUCCAGGUCUCCUCCUGUCUUUACUGUGCUGCUGUCCUCCUCUCCAGGUCUCCUCCUGUCUUUACUGUGCUGCUGUCCUCCUCUCCAGGACUCCUCCUGUCUUUACUGUGCUGCUGUCCUCCUCUCCAGGUCUCCUCCUGUCUUUACUGUGCUGCUGUCCUCUCCAGGACUCCUCCUGUCUUUACUGUGUUGCCCCUCUACCACCUCCUCCUCCCUCUCCAGGUCUCCUCCUGUCUUUACUGUGUUGCCCCUCUACCACCUCCUCCUCCCUCUCCAGGUCUCCUCCUGUCUUUACUGUGUUGCCCCUCUACCACCUCCUCCUCCCUCUCCAGGUCUCCUCCUGUCUUUACUGUGCUGCUGUCCUCUCCAGGUCUCCUCCUGUCUUUACUGUGUUGCCCCUCUACCACCUCCUCCUCCCUCUCCAGGUCUCCUCCUGUCUUUACUGUGCUGCUGUCCUCUCCAGGUCUCCUCCUGUCUUUACUGUGUUGCCCCUCUACCACCUCCUCCUCCCUCUCCAGGUCUCCUCCUGUCUUUACUGUGUUGCCCCUCUACCACCUCCUCCUCCCUCUCCAGGUCUCCUCCUGUCUUUACUGUGUUGCCCCUCUACCACCUCCUCCUCCCUCUCCAGGUCUCCUCCUGUCUUUACUGUGCUGCUGUCCUCUCCAGGUCUCCUCCUGUCUUUACUGUGUUGCCCCUCUACCACCUCCUCCUCCCUCUCCAGGUCUCCUCCUGUCUUUACUGUGUUGCCCCUCUACCACCUCCUCCUCCCUCUCCAGGUCUCCUCCUGUCUUUACUGUGUUGCCCCUCUACCACCUCCUCCUCCCUCUCCAGGUCUCCUCCUGUCUUUACUGUGCUGCUGUCCUCUCCAGGUCUCCUCCUGUCUUUACUGUGUUGCCCCUCUACCACCUCCUCCUCCCUCUCCAGGUCUCCUCCUGUCUUUACUGUGUUGCCCCUCUACCACCUCCUCCUCCCUCUCCAGGUCUCCUCCUGUCUUUACUGUGUUGCCCCUCUACCACCUCCUCCUCCCUCUCCAGGUCUCCUCCUGUCUUUACUGUGUUGCCCCUCUACCACCUCCUCCUCCCUCUCCAGGUCUCCUCCUGUCUUUACUGUGUUGCCCCUCUACCACCUCCUCCUCCCUCUCCAGGUCUCCUCCUGUCUUUACUGUGUUGCCCCUCUACCACCUCCUCCUCCCUCUCCAGGUCUCCUCCUGUCUUUACUGUGUUGCCCCUCUACCACCUCCUCCUCCCUCUCCAGGUCUCCUCCUGUCUUUACUGUGUUGCCCCUCUACCACCUCCUCCUCCCUCUCCAGGUCUCCCCUCUAGUGGUAGCUGGCAGGACCUAAAGGACCACAUGCGCGAGGCAGGUGAUGUAUGUUACGCUGACGUGUUCCGGGACGGUACCGGCGUGGUGGAGUUCGUACGCAAGGAGGACAUGACCUACGCUGUCCGCAAGCUGGACAACACAAAGUUCCGCUCCCACGAGGGAGAGACUGCCUACGUGCGUGUGAAGGUGGAUGGACCUCGCAGCCCCAGUUACGGACGCUCCCGCUCUCGGAGCCGUAGCAACGGGCGUAGCAACAGCCGCUCACGCAGCUUCUCACCGCCGCGACGCAGCCGGGCCUCUCCACGCUACUCGCCACGACACUCACGCUCCCGCUCCUAGAUACACACACCUCCAGGAACCCCAGCCCAGCAGACCCCAGCCCAGGGGGAGGGAUGUGAGAUCAUCAGACCAGGAGACCCCAGCCCAGGGAGAGGGAUGUGAGAUCAUCAGACCAGGAGACCCCAGCCCAGGGGGAGGGAUGUGAGAUCAUCAGACCAGGAGACUCGAGACAGAUGCAGAUGGAUCUUCUAAUGUGUUACAUCAUUCUACCGUUCUGCUGUUCCUCUUGCCUUCCUCUUCUUGUUCUUCUUCCCCUCCCUCUGUUCUUUCAUCCCCUUGUUUUUGGUCUAGUUUACCACAGAUGUUAUUAUAUUUUUGUUUUAUUCAUGAUCUCUGUUCUCUUUUGUAUCUGCCCCCCCCCCUCCCUCCUCCAUCUGCCUCCUGUCUCUUUACAGUCCUGCACUCCCAUCUCCUUGUCCCCCUCCUAUAUCUUCUCACCCGCUCCCCACUCUCUUUGUCUUGGUGUUAUGGCUGCUGGGGGGGAAGGGAAGGUGUCAUGCUGUAUGGAGGGGUGGAAAUGGGAAAGAGGGAGGUUUUUUCUUUUGUGUUGAUGGAGGGAUGGUUUGAUUUGUGUUCUGAUAGGCUUUUGGGACACAGGAACAGAGUCUGAAUUGGCUCGGAAACAGGAAACCGUUUAUAUUAGCAUUAACAGGAGGAUGAGGAGUCAAAUAACCAGCCAAUGCUAUGACAACAGUCUUUCACCCAAAUAGCUUUCCGACCUGUUUAUUUUUAUGAUCCAGUUAUAACUGUUAAUAAAUGUUUUAAAACGGCA